GAGUGCCUCUGUUGUGUUCGAGGUCUGCACUUUGUUGCUAGCAAAUUAGCUUUGCAGUCUAUUUUGCUUAACCUGAAGACAAAUGGGGCAUCACAGAUAACUUGAUUAAGUAACGAAUGAGUGGCGUAAUGCCGAAAAUGGCCAACUCUGGAUACUCGGGCUACUGGUAUGAUCACCCCCUGUAUGCAGGUUAUUGGCAGCACUACAACCAAGCAAUGAGCUGGUAUCAGAAACACCAGCGGGCAUAUAAAAAAGCCAUGUUGGCUGCAUAUGGUCCCAUGACUUUCCCUACCCACCAUACAAACAUUCCCACCCACUCUGGCUGGCACAUGGGUGGCUCUGGGCACACAGGGCAAGAGGACCGAGAUCGAUCUGGCAGUGAGAAGGAAGACGACUCCUCAGAGGAGUCAGAGAGUGGGAUUGAGUGUGAUGUCACAAAUAUGGAGAUCUCUCAGGAGCUCCGAGAUUACUUCGCUCAGACUGCACGCCAUAAAGAGGAGCUAAAGCGACAGCAGGAGGAGGAGGCGGUUCGCCAUGAGGAGUAUGUCUUGGCCGAUCAAGACCUGCGUGUAGCAGCGGGGUGGCGCACCAUCACUGCCCCUCAGGAGCGUCCAGGGGAGAGGAGGAGUGCGGAGAUGAAGAGGCUGUAUGGGGAGAACGCAGCACGCAUCCAGGCCAUGGAGACGGCCAUGCAGCUCAACUUCGAUCGGAACCAGGACCGCAUCCAGCCUAAGUACUGGCCCGUCAUCCCCCUGAAGCUGUGAGGCUCAGUCGAGCCCCAUCCCACUGAACUGAUGCUUUUCUAUACAAGUGACAAUUUACUAUGUGUGUAUAACUUUGUAGGCUUUUGAAAUCUUUCAGACAAUUGCUUGGGUGACAAAAUAAACGGGACAUUAAAGCUGG